AGUGUCGUUUAUUACACUGGGCAGGAUACUGCCCAGGCUCUUCCUCCCGGUCAUUUGGAUAUCAUUCAAACCAACCCUCGGAACAGGCAAUAAUGCAAACCUCCCGCCUGUCAGAGAGCAGAGCAGCGACAGCUGAUCAACCACCACAGCACAGGCUCCACUUAUUUAAGAUGCUGUGUGUGUGUAUCUGUAAGGAGCAUCGUUUGUCUCCUCUGUCGUGAAGACAUUAUCUUGUAAAAUAAGAGAAGAGUAAUAUUUUCAGCAGAAGAAUCGACAAUCACACGUAACAAGUGGAUCAAGUGGAUCAAACUUGAUAAGAUAAUGAAAUAUAUGAACGUGGAUAUACCUGUGCAUAAAAAGAAAAACAAUACAGGUAUAAAAGAGUUACCAAAUCAUAAAAUGUGGCACAUUAUGCCGAAAAAGUCCAAGUAAAGACACUCACAGAUGGUUUUCCUGUGGGUGUGGAAACAAAAAGGUCAAACAGUGUCAGGUGUGCAAGCUCAGAGAGGCACAAGUGCAUGCAGUAUAAUUCUUGGCCUCUAGGGGCAGUGUAAACAAAUAUGCAAAACAACUAACUUCCUCUCUGACCUUAAAGGUCACGGCUAUGAAGUUAAUAGUGGUGAAUAAUAACGAAUGAUGUUGGAUAAAGCAGGAGAAUAAAUGUGUUGGGGCCUAUUUUUAAAGUUUCCCUUCUGAAUUGUAUGAAGGAUGUUUGCAUUACAGAAAGUGCUUUGCCUUUCUGGGCAUAAAGUUUGGAUAAGUCUCCUCCUUCAUGAGCACCUAUGGUGUGAGGGACACCUGUGUUGUGAGUACCAACUCUCUCUCUUUCCUUUAACUGUGAAUUGUGUCACAUGCAGUGAGCGAUGGUGGUUUGUCCAGAGUCCAGGCGCUGUCCAUUGUGCUGAAAUGUCACACUGUAAAGUGGAACAGCCAACAGGUAGAAAGAGGUCAAGAAGGAAAGAAAGAAAUGAAAGAAGAGAGCUGAUCUAUGUGCUGUUGGCUGAGGCAGAGGGGGAGGAUAAAGCAUUGCGUAAUCCAUAUAAAUCCCACUAAAAUUAAUGAAUUGUCACUUUAUUGAAGCGGUGCACUUCAUCUCACAUGAAGCGCUUUCAUGCGCACGAUUUAAAGUCAACAGUUUGCAACGUCAUUUCAUCUCAGCAACAUCCUGCCCAACUGUGUGUGUGUGUGUGUGUGUGUAUAUUUAUUUCUGUUACCUCCUGAGGACCUAAUCCUGCUCCUUAUGUGGGUGAACCUCAUUUCUGAGAUCCUGGUGAAGGUCAGAGGAAAUAAAUAUGUGUAGAGUCAGGGGUCAGGGUCAGGGAUACGUCCUUGUAUGUACUGUAUAUUUUUGUGAGGACUAUAAAUAUGAUAAAAAACCAAAGUGAGGACAUUUUUGGGAAAGUGGGGACAUUUUUGACUGGUAUUCACUUUUAUGUCACACCUUUAAAAGGGGUUAUUUAUGGGUUGAUACCUGUUUUUUUAAGGGUUUAUUUAGGCUGUCUGAAUGAAUCCUGGGUCCUUGGAAGAAUACGCAAACCUGUGUGUGUGUGUGUGUGUUUGCUGCUGUACAGCUGCUGCUUCUUUAAGAGCCACCGCCCGCCCCCUCUCCUGUAUUUUUAGCUGAGCCAGCCACUUCAUUUGCCGGAUAAGACAGGCAGCUGUGCACCGUGGGCUAUGAUCUCACUAAAUCGUCCUAAUAAAUGACAUCAAAUUUCAUACUGCGGAGUCGCCGUGGGCCUGUACCGCCAGCUGCCGCCUGGAAAUGUGGCGCAAGGGAGCCGUGUGUCCCGCGGCCGCUGUCGGAUGCUGAAGCGCGCACUCAGCCCCGUGUGUGUGGACGCUGGAUGUCCGUUAUGAAACACGCCACCGUGGUGCCGAGCGCGAGGAGGUGCAGAGCCUGUGAAGCCCGCAAAUGAAUUACAAGAAAUCCAUUUAGCCGCAAAACAAUCCUGCGGUUUUGGUUCCAGGUGGACCAGCAGCAUCCUCAUCCUCAUCAGCUGCGCUCUCAUCCGCUCCUUUUUCUUCUUCUUCUUCUUCUCCUGGACUGUGGAUAACAAGAACCAUCAAGACGGAGGGGGUGGUGGAGCAUCGAGGGAAAAACCGGGGCAACAUGAGAGACCGGGACUUCAUGCCCAAUAUGGAGAGGGGGAAACCUGCCACUUACACGGGGGACAAAAAGGCUAAGAUGGCUGCUAAGACGAACAAGAAGUGGGUGAGACUCGCCACUGUUUUUGCGUAUGUGUUGUCCGUGUCCUUAGCAGCCAUUAUCCUGGCCAUUUACUACAGCCUGAUCUGGAAACCAACUAGUGGCUCCUCUUCUGUGGGGAGGCCGGGGGUUCCUGGGGAGGUCACCCCCACCGCGAACAUCUCGCUUAAUAGUUCCACGGGCUACAACGUCUCUGUAGAGUGGAACUCUACACAGCCUACACAGCCUACACAGUCCCUGAACCUGAAUCAGAGCCGGCAGCUCGCGGUAGCCGCGCACAGCCAGUUCCAGUGGAAGGACACAGCAGCAGCAGCAGACACUGCGCACACGCAGCAGCAGACAAACGGACACUACGCGUCACCCCACGGCCACACGAGCACGCAGAGAUCCGACACUGUGGGCAGAGAGGCGCACGCGUCUCAGCAGAGCCGGGGGGGCCAACACAGCGGGGAGUCCGAUGAGGAGGAGAAGGGGAGAGGUGCAGGAGUGACAGCCGACAAACAGGAGCCCGAGCUGAGAGCUGCGGAGUCUGCCACUGCUGGACUGAGAGGAGACUGAUCAGGCCUCCAUCACCUCCAUC